AUGAAGUUUAUCAAUCUUGUCGGUGCCUCAAUGCUAUUACUUAGCUCAUUUGUGUACGCUUCCACUGAUGGUGUUAUUGUUGAUGAUGAAAUCGUUUGGAAGACUGAGUAUACAUCUGGUGACUCAGGCCGUAUUGAAAAAAGAUGUACCAGUUGUGUUGGUAAUGGUGGUCCAUGUGUCCCAGGUAAAGGUCAAUGCCAUAAUCCUAAAGGCUGCUGGUCUAAAAAUGGUGGUCCUUUCGUCUGUCAAUGUGCCCAAGGUGUACCAUCACUAACUGAAACAACGUCCCCAAUUCCUUGCUUAUCCACACAAUCAUCUAUCAAAAUCAUAAUUGACGAAGUUGUUCGUUGGGGUUAUGAUAUAUUCACCAGAUCAAUCUAUCCAGAUUUUGAGAUCAGUUCUGUUAAUGCUAGCACAUUCUAGAAAUUCUGUGAUGUUGAAGACAAAAUCCAACUCAGUGCUCUUGAUGAUAUUUUGAAGUAAGAAAGCAUGGACUAAUCCAGUGUAAGCAAAGCCUAACACCAACGAUUU